AGAUUUAUUACUGGAUUUGAUUGUAUGCUGGACAUUUUCUUUACUAUAUAUCGCUUUCUUACUUUCAACGAAAUCUAUAAUUAUGUGAAAAAAAAUUCCGAAAUUAUUCAUUACACUCUGUUUGUCACAGUGGGGAUUCAAAAUUCAUAAAAUGCCCAUUUUCCACACUCCAAUUACAAUCUUAAAAUGCCAUGGUCAUCUCCUACUCAUCUUAAUCUCACAGCAUUAUGGUGAAGGAGGUGCCGCGCAUUCUGCUUACUACACACAAAGCUCCAGGAGAAUCAUAUGCAUAUCUUCAAUUAUUGCAGACUUGCAUUUUCAAGAACGCACAUUCACAGAGGAAAAAUGUCCACUCUUUCAUCGCUCCCGGGCGAUUUGCAUUUGGUACAGACACAACUUUUCAGAGUAAGCUUAUUAACAUGUAUGUCAAGUGUGGAAGUUUGUUGGAUGCUCGCAAAGUGUUUGACCACAUGAAAGAACGAGACAACGUCUCAUCAUGGAAUACGAUUAUUGCAGCAUACCGAAGGUAUGGUUUUCCUCACGAGGCAGUCACACUGUUUCACCAAAUGCAACGAACAGGUCUCCAACCCAAUCAGUUCACGUUUGCCAGCGUACUCCCAGCCUGUGCCAAAAUGGGCGCCUUGGAACAGGGUAUGAACAUCCAUCAAAGUAUAAUGGAAGGGGGAUUUUUGUCAGAUGUCAUAGUUGCAAGUGCCCUGGUAGACAUGUAUGCAAAAUGUGGAAGCAUAGACAAGGCACGUGAGUUGUUUGACAGAAUGCCUCAAAGAGAUGUCAUCUCAUGGACUGCCAUGAUUGCAGGAUAUGUUCAAAAUGGGUUUGUUGAAAAAGCCUUGGAAAAUUUUAAGCAAAUGCAAUUGGUCGGUGAAAAACCAGAUUCGUCAACCUUCGUCAGCAUCCUUCCUGCCUGUGCUCAAAUUAGAGCUUUGGAACUUGCUGCAGCCAUCCAUAAAAUUAUAAUAGAAAGUGGAGUUUUAUCGGAGGUUGUAGUUGCAACUGCCUUGGUAGACAUGUAUGCAAAAUGUGGAAGCAUAGAUAAGGCACAUGAACUGUUUGACAAAAUGGCUCAAAGAAAUGUGGUUUCAUGGAAUGCAAUGAUUGCAGGAUAUGUACAAAAUGGAUUUGUUGAAAAGGCUUUAGAAACUUUCAAGCAAAUGCAAUUAGCAGGUGUAAAGCCAAAUUCCACAACCUUUGCAAGCAUACUUCCUGCCUGUGCCAAAAUGGGAACUUUGGAACAGGGUAUUGACAUCCAUCGAAGCAUAAGAGAAGGGGGCUUUUUGUCUGAUGUUGUAGUUUCAAGUGCUCUGGUAGACAUGUAUGCAAAAUGUGGAAACAUAGACAAGGCAUGUGAACUCUUUGACAAAAUGCCUCAAAGAAAUGUUGUCUCAUGGACUGCAAUGAUUUUAGGAUAUGCACAAAAUGGAUUUGUUGAGAAGGCUUUAGAAAAUUUCAAGCAAAUGCAAUUGGCAGGUGUAACACCAAAUUCCACAACUUUUGCCAGCAUUCUUCCAGCCUGUGCCAAAAUGGGAGCAUUGAAACAGGGCAUUGACAUCCAUCAAAGCAUUGAAGAAGGGGGGUUUCUGUCAGAUGUUGCAGUUGCAAAUGCCCUUGUAGACAUGUAUGCUAAGUGUGGAAGCAUAGACCAGGCACAUGAACUGUUUGACAAAAUGCCUCAAAGAAAUGUGGUUUCAUGGAAUACCAUGAUUGCAGGAUAUGCACAAAAUGGAUUUUACAAGGAUGCUCUCAAAAUAUUUGAAUUAAUGAAGCACUCUGGAAUAUAUCCUGACAUUGUAACAUUUGCUCGUGUUCUAUUUGCAUGCAGCCAUGCAGGUUUAGUGGAUGAAGGGUGUACAUACUUCAAUCAAAUGAGAAACUCCUUUUGCAUUACACCUACAGUUGAUCACUAUGUAUGCAUGGUUGAUCUUCUUUCCCGUGCCAGCUAUCUUGAGGACACACUAAAAUUUAUUAUUAAGAUGCCACUUAAACCUGUAGUGGUUGUGUGGAUGUGUUUUCUUGCUGCCUGUAGAUCACAUAUGAACAUAGGCUUAGGAGUAUUUACAGCUACGCUGCUUUUUGAUUUGGAUCCUAAAAAUGCUGCCACUUAUGUUCUGCUAUCAAACAUCUAUGCAGAAGUGGGCAGGUGGGGUGAGGUUCAAAUGGUAAGGAGGUUGAUGAAAGAUAGAGGAAUUAAAAAGAUACCUGGAUGUAGUUGGAUUGAAGACCAUAAAAUGGUACAUGCUUUUUGCAUAGGAGACAGAUCACACCCACAGACACAGGAGAUCUAUGCAAUGUUGGAAAAAUUGGCUUGGGAAAUGAAGGCAGCAGGGUAUUCUCCAGAUUCAAAGCAUUCACUUAAUGAUGUGGAAGAGGAGGAAAAAGAAUUAUUCCUCUGCUACCAUAGUGAAAAGUUAGCAAUCGCAUUUGGUUUGUUAAACACGGCCCCUGGAACAACCAUUAGAGUUGUUAAGAACCUUCGAGUAUGUGCUGAUUGCCACACUGCAACGAAAUUCAUCUCCAAGAUAGUUCCUAGAGAAAUUGUUGUGAGAGAUGCAAACCGAUUUCAUCAUUUUAAAGAGGGACAAUGUUCUUGUGGAGACUACUGGUGAUGCUAAACGAAGCGAUCUGAAAAAUAAGCUUGCACUAUAAUAAUGUGCACUGCAUCAGACCUGUUGUAAUAAGGAGACAAGUUUUUCAUUUUUCAGUUUCAAGAAAGUUUUUUUUUUUUAUGAUAGCAUGGUUAUGUUUCAUUGAAUUGAUUUCAAAACGCAUGCAUAUGCAUGAAAUGAAAAGCUAGAGGAGGUGAGUACUGUUGUGGUUUUUUUUUUCUUUCGCUCCAUACCCAAGGUAUAAGUC